UCGAGCGAGCUAAACGGGCUAACAAACGAACGAGGAGGACUGCUAAGCCCAAAGGCUUCAAACCUCAGUUCCCGCCGGCUUCUUUCUUCCAUUAGCUCUGCACAGGAGUUACGCCGCAUCGACGGAUGAACUACAGUGCUUACGGUCGCCUUAUCCAGCACUGCACUGACCACCUCUUCUUCCGCGUCGGCAAGCAGCUUCACGCUCGUCUUGUUCUAUCAUCCGUAGUUCCCGAUAACUUCCUAGGAUCGAAACUCAUCAGCUUCUACUCAAAAUCCGGCAGCAUUCGAGAUGCCUACAAUGUGUUCGGUAAAAUUCCUCGCAAAAACAUUUUCUCUUGGAAUGCUUUGCUUAUUAGCUACACUCUUCACAAUAUGCACACUGAUCUGCUGAAGCUGUUUUCGUCUUUGGUUAACUCAAAUUCGACGGAUGUGAAGCCUGAUAGGUUUACGGUUACUUGUGCUUUGAAAGCGUUGGCGUCUUUGUUUUCUAAUUCGGGUUUGGCUAAGGAGGUUCAUAGUUUCAUUCUUCGACGAGGGCUCGAGUAUGAUAUUUUUGUUGUCAAUGCUUUGAUUACUUUUUACUCGAGGUGUGAUGAGCUGGUUUUAGCGAGAAUUAUGUUUGAUAGAAUGCCUGAGAGAGAUAUAGUGUCUUGGAAUGCGAUGUUGGCUGGGUAUUCUCAGGGUGGAUCCUAUGAGAAGUGCAAGGAACUAUUUAGAGUGAUGUUGAGUUCACUGGAGGUGAAGCCUAAUGCAUUAACCGCUGUCAGUGUUUUGCAAGCUUGUGCUCAGUCCAACGAUCUCAUUUUUGGAAUAGAGGUUCAUAGAUUUGUAAAUGAAAGCCAGAUUAAAAUGGAUGUUUCACUAUGGAAUGCUGUUAUUGGAUUAUAUGCGAAGUGUGGUAGCUUGGAUUAUGCUCGGGAGCUGUUCGAAGAAAUGCUGGAGAAGGAUGCGAUCACCUAUUGCUCCAUGAUAUCAGGCUACAUGGUUCAUGGUUUUGUUAACCAAGCAAUGGAUCUUUUUCGAGAACAGGAAAGGCCAAGGUUGCCCACAUGGAAUGCUGUUAUUUCCGGUCUGGUUCAGAACAACCGGCAAGAGGGAGCUGUAGAUAUAUUUCGAGCAAUGCAGUCACAUGGUUGCAGACCAAAUACUGUGACACUUGCGAGCAUUCUUCCUGUUUUCUCACAUUUUUCAACCCUUAAAGGUGGGAAAGAAAUUCAUGGUUAUGCCAUUAGAAACACUUACGAUAGGAAUAUUUAUGUUGCUACUGCCAUCAUUGAUUCUUAUGCUAAGUGUGGUUACCUCCACGGGGCUCAACUAGUUUUUGAUCAAAUAAAAGGUAGGAGUCUUAUAGCUUGGACAUCAAUAAUCUCAGCAUAUGCUGUACAUGGAGAUGCCAAUGUGGCUCUUAGUCUUUUCUAUGAGAUGCUGACAAAUGGGAUUCAGCCUGACCAGGUAACCUUUACAUCAGUAUUGGCUGCAUGUGCCCAUUCAGGAGAGUUAGAUGAAGCCUGGAAGAUAUUUAAUGUCUUGUUACCAGAGUAUGGGAUUCAACCACUGGUCGAGCAUUAUGCUUGCAUGGUUGGAGUCCUUAGUCGAGCAGGAAAGCUCUCUGAUGCAGUUGAAUUUAUUUCUAAAAUGCCAUUGGAACCCACUGCAAAAGUUUGGGGUGCUUUGCUCAAUGGGGCUUCUGUUGCUGGUGAUGUUGAGCUUGGAAAGUAUGUUUUUGAUCGUCUCUUUGAGAUUGAGCCUGAAAAUACUGGUAACUACGUCAUAAUGGCUAACUUAUAUUCACAAUCUGGAAGGUGGAAAGACGCUGACACAAUUAGGGAUUUGAUGAAGGAAGUUAGAUUGAAGAAGAUCCCGGGAAAUAGCUGGAUAGAAACAAGUGGAGGGAUGCAGCGUUUUGCUAGAGGCACUUCAAGUGUGAGAACUCCAGAGGUUUACGGAAUGUUGGAAGGAUUACUUGGGUUGGUGAAGGAAGAAGGGAUCAUUCUGCAACAUGAGAUAGAUGUAGAAUGUGGCAGUGGUUAGUGCAUGGCCCAUGGGUGAUCAUCUAAGGAAGCAUGGAAUAGAAAACCAGAAAACAUGUGAAGCACAUUUGCGUUCCAUUUCUCUGCUUGUUAUGCUCCUCAAAGAUGAACCACUUCAUUUAGAGGUCUUGUUGUUGACUUAUGAUUUUUUGACAAGAAAUCCUAGCAUGUACUCCUUGAAAUGUUGUACUAGUCGACACGUGAUUUCAUCUCACCAUGCCAUUUGAGAACCAUGUGUUAUGUACCUAGCUGCAGCAAUCUGAUUUCUUCACUGGCCACAGUUGUCUUUUAUACUGGCAAUUAACUAUCCCUAGCUGUAGCUAUCUGGUUUCUUCAUAGCUUGAUGAAGAUGCUUAUGUUGAGAGCUAGAAAACACUGCAGCUUGUAGGCUUUGUUAACUUUGUGAUAGAUAAAAUGAUUAAAUAUUAAGUUAGUUAAUAAUUUAAAGAGUAGUCAGUUUGUAAACUGCCACCUCAGGAAAUUUUGUUAACUGCCCGUGGAUAGAUUUAGAUCACGCAGAAGAGACAAUUGAAAAAAGAAAAACACCCAUUCUACCUUUUGAGUGAAAAGAAACAGAAAGGGUGAACUUUUUUUAAUCGUCUCUUCUGCGUGUUCUAAAUCAAUCCACAUCAAAGGCGGUUAACAAAAUCUCAUGAAGUAGCAGUUUAAAAACUGCAUCCUCUUUAAAAUAUUACUUAAUUUAAUAACUAAUUAUUUUAUCUUUUACUUCGGGUCACUGAGGACCGAGGUGUGCUGAAAUCCCAGAUCAAUGCUCAUUGCAUAUAAUAUUCGAUAACCCCAACAAAAGCAACAAAUUAUGCUCUGUAUAUUCGUAAGGUGAUUUUGGAAUGCACUUUUGUAUUUCUUUCAACGGAGGUGGGUGACACUUCUCACUUUCAAAAGGUACCUAUUUUGUGAGCUUUGACUUGAUCGCUCGCCAUUGGCCACUGCGUUGCUUGCUUCAGAUAUCUCAAUUAUUAUGCCUACAGUUAAGAAAAUCUCUAUCCCACUUACCGUGAUGAUGAGAUUGGUGAAUCCCAUUCCCAACUGAGACCACUUAACUUCCUUCAAGCAGCAGCUUGCAGGUACAAAUUGAAGGUAAAUUCUAAGGGUUUUUUACUAAAAGAAAUCGGCAUGUCCUCUUAUCAUUAAAAAGGUCAGUUAUGUUUUGUGUAUUCCCUGAUUGUUUGUUUUGCUGCUUAAAUUUUGACCCAUGUUCAAUAAAACAUUUUUAUCAAUUUAAUGAAAAAAACGUUUGAGAGUUUUAAGCGCGUA